UUCCCCUGCGCUGGCUGUCCUGGCGGCUCAUCCAAGCGGACUCACUGAGCGACGCGGGCGGGCUAUGACACCAGGGGCGCUGCUGCUGCUGCUGCUGCUGCUGGGGGCGUUGGGGGCGCCGUUCGCCCCGGGCGCCCGCGGCUCGGAAGCGGAGGGCCGACUCCGUGAGAAACUUUUCUCGGGCUAUGAUAGCUCGGUGAGGCCGGCGCGGGAGGUGGGAGACCGCGUCGGGGUCAGCGUUGGUCUCAGCCUAGCGCAAUUAAUCAGCCUGAACGAGAAGGAUGAGGAGAUGAGCACAAAGGUCUACUUAGACCUGGAGUGGACUGACUACAGGCUGAGCUGGGACCCUGAGGAGCACGAGGGCAUCGAUUCACUCCGCAUCACUGCCGAAUCCGUGUGGCUACCAGACGUGGUGCUCCUAAACAACAAUGACGGAAAUUUUGAUGUUGCUCUGGACAUCAGCGUCGUGGUGUCCUCCGACGGCUCCGUGCGCUGGCAGCCCCCGGGCAUCUAUCGCAGCAGCUGCAGCAUCCAGGUCACCUACUUCCCCUUUGACUGGCAGAACUGCACCAUGGUGUUCAGUUCCUAUAGCUAUGACAGCUCAGAAGUCAGCCUGCAGACUGGCUUGGGUCCCGAUGGGCAGGAGCGGCAGGAAGUGCACAUUCAUGAAGGCACCUUCAUUGAGAAUGGUCAAUGGGAGAUUAUUCACAAGCCUUCUCGGCUAAUCCAGCCUCCAGUGGAUCCUAGGGGAGAGGGGGAAAGACGGCGUGAGGAAGUCACCUUCUACCUCAUCAUUCGCCGGAAGCCUCUCUUUUACCUGGUCAACGUCAUUGCCCCAUGCAUCCUCAUCACUCUUCUGGCCAUCUUCGUCUUCUACCUGCCACCAGAUGCAGGAGAGAAGAUGGGGCUCUCGAUCUUUGCCCUGCUGACCCUUACUGUGUUCCUGCUGCUGCUGGCAGACAAAGUGCCUGAGACCUCCCUGUCUGUCCCCAUCAUUAUCAAAUACCUCAUGUUUACCAUGGUCCUCGUCACCUUCUCAGUCAUCCUUAGCGUCGUAGUCCUCAACCUGCACCAUCGCUCACCCUACACCCACCAAAUGCCCCUUUGGGUCCGUCAGAUCUUUAUCCACAAACUCCCUCUGUAUCUGGGUCUGAAGAGACCCAAGCCUGAGAGAGACCAGAUACCGGAGCCACCUCCUAUACCUCUCAGGGAUUCUCCAGGAAGUGGCUGGGGUCGGGGAACAGAUGAAUAUUUCAUCCGCAAGCCACCAAAUGAUUUUCUCUUCCCCAAACCCAACAGGUAG